CACCCCUAAUGCAUAUCUUUUUUUUACAGAUAAUCUAAUAAAAAUAAAUAAAGUAAUGUAGGAACAAGUGUAUACAAACAGUAAAAGCAGUUAUUACCUUGUGUAUUGUUACUACGAACAGACAGACGAACGAGGCGGACUCUCUUUAUACUAUGGCAGUGCUUGUGUGCAGUUUUGAAGUUUUCAGAUUUCUGUCAGUGUCAAGUAAAAAUUUGCUUUGAUUCAUUUACUUGAAUUUUCAAAAUUCAAAGAACAAAUUAAUGUUUACUGUUCAUAAGUACUGCACUGACAACCUACCUAUUGAUUAUUUUAAUUGAAACUCUUCACGGAUGAAAAAUAGUUGUUUAAAAUCUUAUAAAAUAAUGAUACGUGUCUGCGCAAACUCAAUUCUUGUAUUAUUUAAUAUGAUUGCAUGACUUAAAUGUGUUUGUAGAAAUAUUAAUUUAUUAAUAGUAUCGCUGGCGUUAACCGAUCUGUGUGUCCAAUACAUAAACAAAGUUAUGUAUAUCAAAAGAGUUGUCCGGAAUUGUAACAUUAUUGUAAUGAAUGGAUAUCAAUCCCACAAUCACUAUCUUAUUGCAGAGCUCGUUAAGGAUCAUCUUUUAGAUCAUAUUUUUACGUAUCUUAAUUUAAGAGACUUAAAACAUUGUAUGUUGGUAUGUAAAACAUGGUUUAGAAUACUUAAUGACGAAAACAAUGACGUGUGGAGGUACCAUUGCAUCAGAAGGCUGGCAGAAGAAGUUCUAAGAUCUGAUUUACUUUCAAGCCUUCCAACCUAUAAAACCAAAUUAAGAGCAUACCUUCAUGCAUGGAACCCAUAUGAUUGUUCAAGAAAUAUAUAUAUCAAACCAAAUGGAUUUACUUUACACAGAAAUCCUGUUGCACAAAGUACAGAUGCUUGUCGAGGCAAAGUGGGAUUCAGUCGAGGCAGACAUGCAUGGGAAGUUGUUUGGGAGGGACCCUUAGGAACAGUUGCUGUAAUAGGGGUAUCUACAAAAGAGGCACCAUUGCAGUGCCAGGGGUAUGUGGGUUUGCUGGGAUAUGAUGAGCACAGCUGGGGAUGGAAUUUGGUUGAUAACAUUUUACUACAUAAUGGAGAAACUCAAGGAGAAUAUCCUCUAUUAAACAAUAGCCCCAAAUAUCAAGUUGGAGAGCGUGUAAGAGUUAUAUUGGAUUGUGAGUCUGGAACACUAUGUUUUGAAAAAAAAUAUGAAUUUUUGGGUGUUGCUUUCAGAAAUCUUCCAUUCAAAACAAAGUUGUAUCCAACAGUGUCUGCAGUGUAUGGUAAUACAGAAGUUUCAAUGGUGUAUGUUGGUUUACCUCUUGAUGGUUGAUAUAACUAUACAAAUUAUGAGUACAGCUAGUC